UUUUCUCACUUGGGAUUCUCGAUGCCAUUGGGCCUAAAAUGGACUCCUGUCGAAACAAUGGAUUUGGAGCACAGCUGCGGUUUUACUCAAUAACGCCACAUGGGGGCGCAAGUGGGCCGCGCCAGUUAUGCCACGCAGGAGCAGAAGCUUCUUGAUUCACACGGAGUUUUCACACACUCGAAGGGACCCUGUAGAAGUGAAGCAGAUAGAGAAAAGAGACUCCGUGUUAACGUCCAAGCAGCAGAUAGAUCGACUGCUCAGGCCUGGCUCGUCCUACUUUAAUUUAAACCCCUUCGAGGUGCUGCAAAUCGAUCCAGAUGCAACAGAUAUUGACUUGAAGAAAAGAUUCAGAGCGCUGUCCAUUCUGGUCCAUCCAGACAAAAAUCAGGAUGAUGCAGACAGAGCACAGCAAGCGUUUGAAGCUGUGGACAAGGCGUACAAACUCCUUCAGGAUGCAGACCAGAAAAAGAGGGCUUUAGAUGUGAUCCAGGCAGGAAGGGAAUAUGUAGACCAUAUGGUAAAAGAGAAAAAGAAGCAGUUGAAGAAGGAAGGGAAAUCUCAGAUAGUAGAAGAGGAUGACCCGGAAGUUUUCAAGCAAGCGGUUUAUAAGCAGACCAUGAAACUGUUUGCGGAGCUCGCCAUCAAGAGGAAGGAAAGAGAAGCGAAGGACAUGCAUGAAAGGAAACGAGCACGAGAGGAAGAAAUUGAGGCAGCAGAGAAAGCAAAGCGAGACCGGGAAUGGCAGAAAAACUUUGAGGAAACGAGAGAUGGCCGUGUGGACAGCUGGAGGACGUUCCAAGCAAAGGGAAAAAGCAAGGAGAAGAAGAACAGGUCCUUCCUCAAACCCCCCAAAGUAAAGAUGGAGCAGAGAGAAUGAUGUACAAAUGGGACUUGAUUAACUUAAAACCUGUUAUCCAUACUGUGUAUCCCUCCUUUAUACACCCCUUACGUCUCCUUUUUUUUUUUCUUAUUCACUGUCUUGCAUCAUGCCUACUUCAUGUAAGUAAAUAGUGCAUCGUCCAUAUCUUAGAACGGGGAUCGGCAACGCGCAGCUCUUUCGUGACAUCUCGUGGCUCCCUGGAGCUUUAUAAACAUUUUUGAAAAGGAAAAAAAGAUUUUGACAGUAGGCUACUACAAAUAGAUAUCGAUACAUGUUGCAGCUCUGAAAAAAAGGAAGAGCUUUGGUGUUGGUUUUUUGAAAGGUGCAGUUUGUUUAUGCUUUUAACAGUUUAACUCGAGAGGCGUUCAAAAACAGCCUGCGAAAAACGGAAAUUCAUGAUCACCGACACUAAGAAAAGCGAAAAUAAUGCAUAAAAAAAAAUCAAGUGAGGAAAUCACAAAAUAAAAUUCUAUGGGGGCGUUUGUGAACGCACAACAGGAAUAAAUAAACAAUUCAGAGACAGUGCAGUCUCUUACACACAAACGACAUUUGUUUCCUUUCAUUGUAAGUUUUAUAGAAGGCUUUUAUUUUUAUUUUUUGGGGGCUCUAGACAUAUUUGUUUUUUGUCCUAAUUGGCUCUCAACGUUUUGGGUUGCCGACCCCUGUCUUAGAACUACAAUGGUUGUUGAUGUGUUAAAAAAAAAAAAUACAGAAACACAC